UCGCUACUGCAUAUCGGUUUGUUUCACCGAAUGAACAUUGCCUAACACCGCCACAAAUAAAUUGGCAUCACCGCAAAGCCCAAGAUGUACUUUUUGAGAAUGGUCUCGACCUGUCGGCUGGAGCGAAGCGUGAGGCUGAGCCAAGGACAUAUUUCCACUAGUUGACCAGGGAGUGCCGACAUAUCUCAGCCUUGCCAUAUCUCGCACCGGGAAUCCAUACUUGAUGAGCAUCACUACGUCUUGUUGAACUCAGACCAAAUUGUAUUGCUACAAUCGCUAUUACACACCAGACACACUUUCAUCAUGGAAUACUCACAGUCCCGACCGGAUUUAGUUGUGUCCAUCGAUUUUGGCAUGACAUGUACUGGUGUCGCAUAUUGUAACGUAGCGACCGGGUCCGAUAGCGUGCGCCAUAUUCAACGAUGGCCUGGACGGACUCAAGCAAACGAAAACAAGGUGCCGACGUUGCUUGUAUACCCACAAAAUUCCGAAGCGCCGUCAUCAUGGGGGUUUCUUGCCGAAACCGCACAGGAGGGUAGUGGCGCAGGUCACGAGAGUAGGGAAUGGUUCAAGAUCAUGCUUGACGAGGACCUACUGGAACAAAUGAGAUCCAAGUCUAGUGAGCCAUCGAAAGUACCACUUAUCAAGGAAGUGGAGAAAUGGUACACGGAUUACUUCAGCUACCUCUACCGUACGAUCGAAGCACGACUACGAGGCGAACUCGCGAGCCGAUGGGAAGACGCGAACAUUGAGUUCAUCUUUUCAGUACCCACGACAUGGAAGCCAAUACCAACCGUAGAGCGAUUCAGAAAGACUAUGUCGGCAGCUGGUUUCGGGUCAUGCGCCAACCAUACAGCAUCGAUCGGGCUGACGGAAGCCGAGGCGGCCGCAGUCCACACAGCGCGCAGCAUGCCUGGCAUCUUCAAGGAGAAUGAAAUAUUGUUCGUAUGCGACGUCGGUGGAGGUACAACGGAUCUAUCGGUCUUCCGUGUAAAAAACAUACAAGGUGGCUCUAUUAGUCUCGAGCAGAUCGACGUAGUAUUUGGUGCCACCAUCGGAGCCGCACAACUCGACAGUUUGUACGAAAAGGAGGUGUUACAGCGACUGGAGCAUGCCGACCGACUCCAGCCGUUGGGUCUUCUGGACAUCCACCAGGCGGCAUGGGAGAUGCGCAUCUCUAAGGAAUACCAAAAUGCGAAAUGCGAUUACGGUUCAGAAGAGUCUUUAAUGGAUACCGAGACCUUUGCGGUGCGGGUACCCAAGCUCGACAAAGCGUAUGGCAAUCGAGAAUGCGGUAUCAGCGGCGGCGAUAUGUACUUUCAGCGAGAUGAUCUGAAAGGCUUUUUCGACACUCAGGUAUCGAAACUCUUUGACAUGAUGGACAAACAACUCGCUCGUGUCCUGCAAAAGUUUCCCUCCGAACAAGUGUCUCACCUCGUACUCUCUGGUGGCCUCGGUAAUUCCGCAUACGUUCAAAACUGCCUACGAAGCCGUUACGCAUUCGGCAAUACACCACAUCCCAACGUGCAGCAUAUGCAGAUUCGCAUCGCUCCCGACCCUCAACUCGUGGUCUGCAAAGGCAACGUGGCCGACCGUAUUCAAAAGCUCAAAACCGGACAAUCGGUGCUAGGUUGGCGAUGUAGUCGCGCAUCCUACGGUACGAUGUGCAAGAUGUUGUACGACCCGUUCAACCUCGCGCACUUUGGAAUGAGGACAGAGGUAGAUCCUUUGGACAAGAAAGAAUACAUCAUGGAUUGCAUCGACUGGUUCAUCAAGCAGGGUGAGCCAGUAUCCAGCGACUUCCCUAUAGUAAAGAGCUUCCUACGAAAAUGCCCACCAGCCUCAUCCAAGAACCCCAACCCACCAAGGAUCUACCCCACGGAAGUGAUCAGCACAGAAGUAGACAAAUCUCAACUCCCCAUAGUAAAGAACAACUCGUGCCGCUCCAUCUGCAAAAUCGAAUCCGACUUCUCCUCCCUCCCACUUUCCCUCUUCAAACUCAAAAACCGACACUGGUGGAACUCCGGCCCGAAAUAUCACCGCAUCAAUUACGUCGUCAAAGUGAACCUCGGGCCCGCUGAUGUAUCCUUCGAACUGUGGCACAACGGUAUCAAGCUGUCAAAGGAUAAUUCCAUCAAGGUCGAAUGGCAAGCAAGUGGGCCGCCUGAUCCGAAUGCGACGACUAUUGCGCCAGACUUCCCGAUGAAUAGUUUGCCGGCGGUACCGAGUUAUGAGGCAGCGCAUCGCCGUACGGUAAGGUCGGAUGGGGAUGGUGGCGGUAGGCUGGGGACGAGUUGGGGGAAGUGGGACAACAAGAAUGGCGUAAGAUCUCAGGUGAUGUCGGCGUCGCAGAAUGGGUCGAGGGUGUGGUAGCGGAAUAUUUUGCUGCCGCUUGCUAGUGUUGCAGAUGAUCCCACCCAGAAUUGAUUCCCCGAAGGCAUGUUGUUGUCCUUGUUCGUGCGCGCUUGUCGUCCGUGUAUCCAUCAUGGUUCCGUUGCAGCAACGGUGGCGAAAGCGCAUCUCGAAUUCAAGCUUCUCCUUCGAUCGUUGAAUAUUGUGC